GAGAGAGGCUUUGCGACUAUAUGACUUUACCUUAGCCAGUUUGGUAGCAAGACAGUAAAUUCGCUUUUGUAGAGCUCUUCCGCGAAUCCAAAGCAUUCUAUACACACUUGCAUGCACCGUUGCGCAUCUUAAGCAUCUACCUCUCAGCGUCCAGUAGGUCUAAAAGCACACGUUUUCUCCUCUGUCGAAGCUGCUAGAACUUUGAGGCCAUAAUCAACACAACGCACCCACCCACACAGAUAGUGGAUUUUUUUAUCUUGCGAGCGUUUCAGAGAUCCAUUAACUCUGGUGAGACAUUCCUUUUUUUUCUUUCUCUUUUCUCGCCGCCGGACUCGGUGGAGUACGUCAUUUAUAUAAAUUGAAAUUCUUCUUUCAUACACGAGAGGGCUGCAUUCGCGAUGCUGCGUAACUUGCAAGUUGUCCCGGCGACCGAGCCGUGGUCGGAGAUGCUGGAGUGGGUGAAUCGGUCCAUGCCUAUCGAGGCACCAAAUCGUAUUAAAACACCGAUGAUGCUCAAGGUAGAGGACUGCGGCCACGGCGUGCCGUACGCGCUGAUGCUGCCCACGAUGCUGCCCAUCGUUCACACACCCCUGCUCACGUCCAAGGUGAAGGUGCCAGCCAAGACGGACUACGAGGCCGCGGCAAACCUCAAGAUUAUCCAGGAUGCGUUGCGCCGCAACGGCAUCGUCAUUCCCGAUGUCCUCGCUAACAGCCAGCAGAAACUCAUCGGCCGCAACUUCCAAGCAAACCUGCAGCUUCUACAGUGGUUCCGUGGUCUCUACGUGGCCCUGCAGCAGUGCGGAAUUGAGGCAGGCGAGGGUCGCAUUGUCCUGGCGGCGCCCAGCAACGAGGACAGCAUAUUGAGCCUUGGCAGCCCGCCGGCCUCCGUGCUGCAAGCCGAGGAUCGUCGGCGGUCCAGCAGCGUGAAUGGGACCAAGUCGGAGAGCCAAGUUUUGCGGGAGGCGCGGGAGGCGGAUGCGAAGGGGGACGCCGCUGCAGCUGCGGCGGUGGCGAUUGUCAGCGAACACCGCACCCAUUCGCAGAACCGCAGCCGGUCGCGUAACUCGGUGUUUGAAGCCACCAUCCUAAACUCAGCGAACUCUUCGUCGUUACCCGUGCAUCGUCAGCAGGUGCCGACGAAGUUGUCGCAGCAGCAGCAGCAACAGCAGCAACCACAGCAGGAGCACAACUCGAUCGGCGGCUCACGUCGCGAGGAGCGGGGGUCGCUGGAGGAUUCGUUGGUCAAGUCCAUGAUCAGCCCCCUUCCUGCGCCUCCUUUGGCGACGGCGCCACCGUUGGAAAUUGCACCACGGGCGUCCCCUGCAGCACCUCAACCUCAGCCUCCAGUAGCGACAAAGAAGGAACAGACGCCGGCUGCCCGAGCAAAAACACCUUCCCAAACGCGCAAGGCUUCGGGUACCCUAACGCGUCCUUCGCUGUGGACGGGUGCACAGGCCACUUCCACCGCCGAGCCGCCCACCGUUUCAACGGAGACUGCGAAGCCGAACGCUGCUGUGCCUCGCCGCUCCUCCGCUACUCGGCGACCUCCGUCCCAAUCGGCCGCGACGGGAGCCAACGGACUUCGCACGCCGCACCGCGCGGAGUCCAGCACGGCGAGCACCCGCGCCCGCUCAUCGAUAACAGGGCGCAACAGUGUAGUGUUCAAGCCAGUCCCGGCACGGCUCAGUGUCGGCUCCAGUGCGCGACGACAGCCUUCGGAGAGGAGCGGCGGCACCCCGCGCGCUGCGGAUGGCGCCGCGGGCAGCACACGAGGCGUAGCCGGAAGCCUCCGGGGCUCUACGCCAAAGCGCAGUGCCGCAGAAAACGGUGGUGACCGCGUUGCUGCGCCGUCGGCAGUCGCAAACGGUACGUCGCAACACACAGCGAGCAGGUCCACAAAGCCUGCCACAAAACCGAUUAUUGCGCUGAGCAAAACGACCCCUGCUGCUCCACGUCAAAGCAAGAGUCCAAUCUCGGAACUUGCAGCUGCUCCUGCAUCUGCCCCCGCUCCUGUUCCUCCACUGUCCACCAACAACACCGCAGUAGGACCGCCGUCAAGCGAACACGCUGCGAACGUAGACGUUCUUCAGCUUCAGGUUGACCGACAGUUUUACUACGACAAGCUGCGCUCCAUCGAGGAACUGGUGGAGUGCAUGGAGGCAAAAAAGAAGCAAGAACGCCAGAGCAACGCAAAGGCGUGGGACAGCAAAGACGACGAGAUGAUGGACUUCACGAACUCCGUGCGUAGCGUGCUCUACGCCGAAAGCUGA